AUGGAGCCCAAUCUGCUCUUCUGGAUCACGGAGCGCCCAUCUUUUAUGCAGAGAUUUCUUCUGUGGACAGAACUCUUAGACCCUACGAAUGUGGUCAUUUCCUCUAUGCAAGAGGCUUGGAAGAGAAGUCUUGGCACUGUGCAUCCAGAUAGCAGCAAGCUGAUCCCCGCUCCUUUCCGGCCUGCAGCUUUCCUGCCUUUGACAGCACCCAUGGUGUUUUUUUCCAUGAUGCCAUCAAAAGGAAUAAAGUCCAUGAUCCUACCUCAGCUCUCCCUCUGCUCCUACACCACAGCCUUCAACAUCAUCAACGGGAACCCCAGCUCUAUAAUUCCUCAGUUAGUACAAAUGAGGUAUUCCCAUGUGAAUGGUCUCGCUCAGUUUUUCGUCAGAAGAGCCUUUCCGGUGGUCUUCCUGGCCCAAGCCAGUGCGUUAAAUGUUUUUCUAUCCCGAGUUUUGGAGCCUGCAAGAGGCAUAAAGGUGAUGGACAAGAAAGGCAGAGUCAUCGGUCAUUCCAGAAGGGCAGGAGAUAAGGCCGUCAGAGACACCGCGCUGUCCAGAACGGUGCUGUUUGGAGCUUCCGCCUGUGUCUCGGAGAUCUUGACAUCCUUUUUCAAGAGGACACAGCUUUUCCUGCAGCGCCCGUCGUCCUUGUGGGCCAUGAAGCUGUCCUGCAGCAUCCUGGGCAUGGCGCUCAUGGUGCCUGUCUCCUUCAGUAUGUUCCCACAGGUUGGACAGAUGCAGAGCAGUCAGCUUGAAAACGAGAUUCGGUCUUCGACAGAAGAAACGGAGCUCUUCUAUAACAGGGGGCUAUAG